AGUAAGAAGUCCCAGUUUUGACCCCAGCUAAAUCAUGGACGGGAUGUGGAUAUUAUCGUUGUGUUUUGCUUUUAUUUUGAUUGUACCUGGACACGUGACAGGAAAACGAGUAGAUGGAACUCUUACAACUCUUGAGGAUUGGCACUUCAUCACAAGAUUCUGCUUUUUAUCGGAGAAAGGGAGGCUGAGAUAUGUAUUUGAGUACCCACAGGAGUUCUUGGAUCAGCAAAUACUGCUGUAUUACGACGACUUGAGCCAAUGGAGUGAGGCGUACCCCAGUGAUAAGACCUGUCAAGAAAAGGUUGACAUCCUGAAGGACGGCAAGAAUCAAAUCAUCAGACUUGACCCCACAUUUGGCAAAGACUACUGGCCGUACUGCGAAAACACUGUCAAGGAAGGUAGAAACUACAUCCGCUGUGAGCUUUCCGGGCUCGGUCUCAAGUUCCGAUCCAUGAGGGAGCGAUGGUGGUUUAUAGCUGUCAGUCGUUGCAAUCAAGGAUCUGGGACUGGCCGUGGCAUUAACUUGACCUACAAUCUCCACCUGACGAAUGGAGACGAUGGGGAUCUACUUCACCAGGAAUUCUCAGCCGAUGAGUUUUAUAUUCUUCCCAUUCUGAUUGCCUUUCUCAUCGCCUAUCUCAUCAUCCUGGCCGUGUCUGUAAUAUUUGCAGUGAUCCUGUCUGGACGCCAACUCCUCCACUCCACAUUUAAGAUGUACAUUUCUAGCGUGAUUUUGUGGUCGUUUGGUUUGUUCCUGUUGUGUAUAUCUUAUGGACGAUAUGCCGACUCUGGCUACGAACAAGUUGGCUCAGAACUUGGAGGUCGUGUGUUUUGUGCUGCUGCUGAGAUCUGUUUCCUCCUAAUGUUAAACCUACUAGCCAAAGGCUACACGAUUACCCGGGGUCGCCUCCCCUGUCACAGCACGAUCAAACUGUCUGUAUUCUUCACUGUUUACGUCGUGGCCUAUGCUGCCCUGUUUAUUGUUGAGGCUGAGACAUUUGACCCGGCUCUGGUACUGUAUAUUUACGAGAGUAUACCAGGUUAUGGGCUCAUCAUCCUCCGACUCCUUGCGUGGGCCUGGUUUUGUUACAGCCUCUUCUUCACACUGAAGCGUUUCCCAAAACGUGGAGGAUUUUACUAUCCGUUCUUCUUCCUAUACACCCUCUGGUUCUGGGCCGGUCCAAUUGUCAUCCUCAUCGCAAUGUUCGCCAUGGCUGUGUGGACACGAGAGAAAACCGUUGUCGCGGUACAGAACUUCGUCUCAUUCUGUGGACAUUUAUUUUUUCUGGUACUUACCAGACCGAAUGCUGCCCAAGGAAACUUUCCGUACACCAUCAAGACAACCCAGAUCCAGGCAAUGGGUAAUGAUGGUGGAGAAGGGGACCGUUACAUGGUGACUUCUGAAGCCUCGUCCUCGACUGGGCCGGACCUCACCUCUCUCUUCGUCACCUCAAAUACGUACAAACCCAGCAUGGCCAUGAAUGGUGAUGCUGACAUAAUGCCCCCGUCCUACAAUGACGCAGUUGGUAUGAAUGGGAGGAGUGCGAAACCAUUUGAGCUCGAGAGUGUUAAUCAACCUUCAUCACCACCUAUGUACGAAACCUAUGGUUAAUUAAUUAAAAUUUACUUAAAAGUCUUUCACUUUGCAUGUCUGGAGUAAUCGACCCUGACCUACAAGCACCUGUCUGAUCGUGACUGGAAUAACCUCCUCUAGGCUACAAGACAACCGUUUUGCCAUGUCUGGAGUUAUCUACCCUGACCUACAAGCACCUGUCUGAUUGUGGCUUUCAUUACCUCCCCUUGGCUACAAGACAAUCGUUUUGCCAUGUCUGGAGUUAUCUACCCUGACCUACAAGCACCUGUCUGAUUGUGACUGGAAUUACCUCCUCUUGGCAACAAGACAACUGUUUUACUAUGUCUGGAGUUAUCUACCCUGACCUAAAAGCACCUGUCUGAUUGUGGCUAUAAUUACCUCCCCUUGGCUACAAAACAACUAUUUUACCAUGUUAUGGAGUUAUCUGCCCUAAUUAACCUACCAGGCCAUAAAUGGUACAGAGUUGUCUGCCCUUACUUACCAGGUAAUCAAUGGUACAGAGUUGUCUGUCCUUACUUACCAGGUAAUCAAUGGUACAGAGUUGUCUACUCCUUGUUACUAGUCACAAUAGAUAGUUGUUUCCUCAGCUGUGAUCAAUGCUACAACAGAAGUUUGUCCAAAUCAUUGGCUUUGAUAAUGAUACAGUAGUGAUUGCAGUGUUUUCAUAGGUAUUUCUUUAAAAUAUUUUAUUUGGGACUCAGAUUAAUAGAGAGAUCUCAGUAUGGUGCAAUGACAAAAAAAAAUUGCCUCCAGUCACUGGUUGUAGCUGUACAUAUAACAUCUUGGUAAAGACCAAAAUAAUGUAGGUGUUUUGGUACCUAAAAGGCAUUCAACAUAUAUUGGCAAAAUAAAACUAUGCAAAAGAGAAAAUUCCUUUUUUCUCAUUUCCAUGAGAAAAAAAUUGUGCAAAUUCUAAUUACAUAAGUUUCCACUAAGGAAGGCAACUCCAUCAGAAUUUGUUUCUUCAACUCAAACUUGAUGUGUGCCUUGUACCAUUUGUAAUAAUAUCCCACAACUUUGCUACUUACAUUGGUGUCUUUUCCCUGCGAGUUGUUCCCGUAUAAACUGUUCCAUGUACAUUUAAUUUGUACAUAAUCAUUUCCGAGAUUUUCUUUUCCUCAUUACUUAGGUAACAAAUCUUUUGUUUCAUAGCUGUUUUAGGAAAUGUCAUGAAAUGUUUUUAUGCAAAACAGUAACAAUAUCUUCAGUCACAGGGGAUAGAUAACUUUGGGUAUUAUAAAACACAGGGGACAGACAAUAUUGAGUGUUAUAAAACACAGGGGACAGACAAUAUUGAGCGUUAUAAAACACAGGGGAAAGACAAUAUUGGUUGUUAUAAAACACAGGGGACAGACAAUAUUGGGUGUUAUAAAACACAGGGGACAGACAAUAUUAGAUGUUAUAAAUUAUAAAACACAGGGGACAGAAAAUAUCGGUUGUUAUUAAACACGGGACAGACAAUGAUAUUGGGGACAGACACUUUUACCUGCAACAAAAUUGAAACCAUUCCUCUUAUUUUUCUUUUUAUUGUUAUAAUAUGUGUCUGGCCCCUGUGAAAUGAAGGUGUUCCAAACAUAGCAUAAAUAUGUGCUCUUUUUAGAAGUUUAUUUGCAUGGAUUCAUUAGCAAUUUUUAUUAUAUUAAUUAAGUUAAUUCUGUAUAUAUGUUUUUUAAUUGUUGAUUUGUACUGUUUGAUUGUGUUAUAUAUCUUAAUUAUUUUACCCAUGAUUUGUUGAACGGUCUCAUGUCUUUCAGUUAUCAAUUUUACUUAUUAUAGUUAUCCUGCAAUAAGUCCCGAGAGUUAACAUUUUUUUUGUGAUUCACAAAAAGUAGGGGGCGGGCUUAUUACAGGUCGAUGAAAUUGCAUUUGUUGGAGUUUCUAGUGAUCUUCAAUAGAUAUGGAUGGGUGGGCUUAUUACCAGGCAUGGGCUUAUUGCUGGAUAAAUACGGUAUCACCCAAAAGACUUCCACAACUAAAUCUGUUACUUUGUUUGAGUACCAGACUUAGGUAGCUUGACUAUCAGGCAGUGUAGGUCGCUUUCAUUUUCCACAUUUUGAAUAGUCAGACUGGUAUGAUUAGAUAUUAGUUUCUUAAUGAAAAACGUGCAGACCUAGUAGUCCGAUAUUGUGUCCUAGCUAGCCUUGACCCUAAUGCUUUCUAAUGGCUUCAUUUGCAAAUUGGGAUAUUAUUAAGCUGUACCCUGAACUGUUACAUUUAAAAAAGAAUAAUUAGGAAAGUCUGCUUCAUUGCUGUGUAUCGAGCUACCAAGAGUUAUGUCCCCUGUUUCACAUGAGGACCUCCCACCUGUCAAAUUAAUUAUCUAUAUUUAGAAACCAUUACUUUAUUUAUUGAUUGAAAUUUUAUUGUGUUUUUCAGAGCUUUCUACUUUUGUAGAGUAGAUUUGUAAAUAACAUAAAAAGGUACUGUUACAAAGGAUUAUCCUUUUAAAUUUAAACUUCCCGACAAGUUGAUAGAUUUAGUUGUUCUGCGUCCUGGAAUUUCUGCACAUGCUGAUUAGAUUGUGUUCCGUCUCCUGUGCCAUACAAUCUCCUUUACGAGUUUUCAAUGGCGUGACCAUAAUAUUGAUGACACUUAAAACUGUAAAUUUCCACGGGGAUCUAUUUUUUGUCUUUUCUAUGAAUGAACUGAAAUUAACGGAGGACCUGGGUGCAUUAAGAUAAAACAGUUAUCGAAAACUAAUAACUUUCUUUGCUGUACCAGAAAGUAUAUCAUCAAGAUUGAUAAUAUGCUUGCGGUACCCAAAACUAUAUAAUUGAUGUUGACAACAUAGUGUCUGUUUUCAUCUUCGUAAAUCAAGAAUUCCACUCGGGAUAAAUGUAUCUUCUCUAUAUUCUGUAAAACGGGAAUUUUCUCGUGAAGAAAUGUUCACAUUGUGAGAAAUGUUCGCAUUGUGACCAUUUAAACUGAUUGCGGCCGUAGACAUUUUUGCCAUGGCAAUAGUUUUGAAAAAAAAUCUAUCUAUCUAUAAUCUAUAAAGAAAUAUUUGUGGCUGGAUAUUUUUGCGCCAAUUUAUACUCCUCUUCAAAAAACGAGACACUUCCACACUGCAAAAAAUCCACUUUUUAAGUAUGUCAUGACAAAAUCGAAGGCAAAUUGUCAGCGAAUUGAUUGGUUUCUGACAUAUAAAAAACCUUACCAAUACCUUUGCAGAUACCUGUCCUUUAGAAUAUAACAGAUGCAUGACAUCUGACUUCAAAGCUGGACAAUUUUACCACUGUGCUGCCACAUGAUUCAAAGUAUCAAAUUCAUUGUCUUGUAUUAUCCACAAGAUUUUGUGUAAAAAGUCUUCAAUUUUGUCAUGACCUACAGUUAGUAGAUAAGUAGAAAUUUUCUAUCAGCAUUUUCAGCCCCAAACAAGUAACUGCACAAAAUACACAGGUUUUUACAGUAUUCAAAGGGUGCGGGAAGAUAUGUUUAUUGAGAGAGGUUCUGUGGGUUUCGAAGAUUUAACCUCAGUUAACUAACAACUGUGCUUGUUGUAUGCAGAAGUAUGGGGACGAGUCAGGAUGUUAUUAUUAUUUAUUUGUUAUUAAUUGACCUACUUAAUAUUUAGAUGUAAAUACCUCACCGUAAUUAUAUGUGUGUUGUGAUGUAUCAUGCUAUUGCUGUCACGUAGACUUGUAAAGUCCAGGUGUCUAUGUUUCCAUCUCUACUUGAGUAGACACACAGGUCAGUUGUAUAUAAGUUUUAUUUCUGGGUUAAUUCAAAUUUUAUAAAAAUU